AUGGUCUUUCGCAGCAGCAAGGGGGCUUGGUAUUGCGAGGGGAAGCGCGACGGGUGCCCGAGCCUCACCGACUGCUCGCACGUCAUAGCGGCAAAAGCAGCUCUGAGGAAUGACUCGGGAGACCUUUCAGUUGCCGAUCAGAUGGUUUUGAGGCUCUCGGAGCCGCUGUCGGAGGCUGCGCUAGGCUGGCUCGAGCGGUGGAACGGAGAAUUGCCAAAGAUUGGGGUCUGUCCCGCCGUGGGCACCUCCUCGCAGGGGGGAGGUGAUGCGGGGCUGUCGGAGGAGGAGCGGUAUCUUGUUGGCUUGCUGGAGCGGCGGCCCCAUGAGCAAGCGACCUGCGCCGGCGACUCGUGCUUCUGUCGUCAGCACGAUCGCCUCUUUGGAGAGGCCGCCGCCGCACAAAUCUUCAACGAUCGCAAGAGCAAAGGGGGCGAUUGUGGCAGGGAAGGGGGGUCGGCUGAGGAGGAUGAGCCCCCUCGCAAACGGGCGAGGCGCAAUAAGGCUUUUUGGGAGGCACACAAGCAAGGCUCGCAAGGUCCAGCCACAAGAGUGGGGUGGGGCGCUCGGCCGCCGGCGGAAGCGAGGGGCAAGGAGGCAAUCCGAGGCUGGGUGGACGCGUGCACGAGUUGUUCGGUUGCCUCCUUGGCAGCCCUGAACGGCGGGUGCGAGCAUGGAGAGGCCUCGAAGGUUCGCACCCCCGUCAUGCUCCUCACAACUGAGGCCGUCCAGGUUACAAAACCCAAGCUGGCACGGUUGAGCGAUGCGCACGCCGUCCACGACCCACUCGUGACUUCGCUCGACCGCCCCGUUCCUGUGAGCAAGCUGAGGGAUUGCCACUUUCAGGAGCUGUCCGAAAAUUGGUUGUUGAGCGCACCGUGUCCCCUCGAGUCGCCGGCGUGCGGAGGUUCGUGGGUCGAGGCAUGGAUGGAGGCCGACGUGACGGCCGCCCAGUGGAGCCAGCGGGUGCGAGUGCGGAUCUACCACUGCCAGUGCGUUGACGAGGCGCACACAAUCCACUUUGACGGCGAGCACCUUGGGCUGUACACGUGGACUCGGCGGACCCUCUUCGUCCAGGAGAGCUUGCAGCUGCUCUUGCGGGGGAUGCAGCACGGGCACAGCUUCAAGGCGGAGUU